AUGCCGGCCAGCGCGGUCCUCUCUCAGUACACCUUCGCCAACCUCGGGCCCAUGACGACAACGUACACGGCACCCGCAGCAUGCUACACACCGACACAGGUCGGGCUGGCGCCAGACUACUUGCCCGAGGCCGUAGCAUACGUGUCGACUUGCGCGGAACGGUUUAGCGCCAGCGAUUGCGUCCAGGCAGGAUCGGUAUUUGACGAGGACUGGGCAGAGUCGACGCGGAGGUUCAUCCACUACUAUUCACCUGGCCUCGUCUGCCCAGAUCGGUGGACCACAGCAGGAGUUGCAUCAAAGGGCAACGGGACGGCCAUCGACUCCACGGGCGUCUUUGCACCGACAGGAUUCGGGACGCAUGCGCCGGUUUACAACCCUGCCUGGAACAUUGCCAUGGAGAAUCUCGCCGACGGAGAGACGGCGAUAUUGUGCUGUCCCAGCGGUUACACGGCGGGCGUUGGCGGCGGCGGGUGCUACACGAACUUGCCUGUGAGCAUGUACACAGCCACGACUGGCUGCCAGAACCUGGCCAAUCCGGACGCCGUGAGCACUGUGACAUUCAUCUUCAACGGCACAACGGCGACUGGUCGAGACAUCGGCCCAGGCAGCGCCACGACGACGGUCAGCACCUUUCAAUCAGGCGACCUCGACGAGAUGACGGGUAUUAGUAUGCUGCCCAUGGUGACCAUGUACCACCGGACCGUGGACGUUCCUCCGAAAGAGACAAACGCCGCUGGCAAAUUUGGGGUGAAGGGGGGUGACGGUACGAUAGGGACACUGGUCACGGUGUGGGCAAGUGUGGCUUUGAUGGGAGCCAUUUUGUUUGGUGCUGCCUGA